GCCGAGUCGGCGCUGCGGGAACUUUCGCGGCGGCUCUAAUGGCCGCGCGCGGGCCGCUGUGAGGCGCGGCGGCGACGAGCGGGCGCGGGGCCGCGGAGCCGCGAGCGAGCGCGGGAGGGAGCGAGCGCGGGGCCGGAGCCCCGGCCAGGCCCGGCCCGAGCCGCCUGCCCCCGCGAUGCGCCCCGGGGCCGCCGCCCGGCGCAGCUGACGCCCGCGGCCGCGUCGAGACCCGGCGGCCCCGAGCCCAGCCCAGCGCCGGCACCAUGGCGGGGAAGGCGGCCGCGCCGGGCGCCGCGGUGCUGCUGGUCACCGCCAACGUGGGCUCGCUCUUCGACGACCCAGAAAACCUGCAGAAGAACUGGCUUCGGGAAUUCUAUCAGGUCGUACACACCCACAGGCCCCACUUCAUGGCCCUGCACUGCCAGGAGUUUGGAGGGAAGAACUACGAAGCCUCUAUGUCCCACGUGGACAAGUUCGUCAAGGAGCUACUGUCCAGUGAUGCCAUGAAGGAGUACAACAGGGCACGAGUCUACCUGGACGAGAACUACCGCUCACAGGAACAUUUCACGGCCCUGGGAAGCUUCUACUUCCUGCAUGAGUCCCUGAAGAACAUCUACCAGUUUGACUUCAAAGCUAAGAAGUAUAAGAAGGUGAACGGCAAGGAGGUCUACUCAGACACGCUGGAGAGCACGUCCAUGCUGGAGAAGGAGAAGUUCCCACAGGACUACUUCCCGGAGUGUAAAUGGUCACGAAAGGGCUUCAUCCGGACAAGGUGGUGCCUCGCUGACUGUGCCUUCGAUUUGGUGAACAUCCAUCUUUUCCACGACGCAUCCAACCUGGUUGCCUGGGAGACGAGUCCAUCCGUGUACUCGGGCAUCCGGCACAAGGCACUGGGCUAUGUGCUGGACAGAAUCAUUGACCAGCGAUUUGAGAAAGUUGCCUACUUCGUCUUUGGUGAUUUCAACUUCCGGCUGGAUUCCAAGUCUGUGGUGGAGACACUGUGCACCAAGGCCACAAUGCAGACAGUGCGGGCUGCCGAUACCAACGAAGUUGUGAAGCUGAUAUUCCGUGAGUCGGACAAUGACCGGAAGGUCAUGCUGCAGCUGGAGAAGAAGCUCUUCGACUAUGUCAACCAGGAGGUGUUUCGGGACAACAACGGCACGGCACUCCUGGAGUUUGACAAGGAGCUGUCCGUCUUUAAGGACAGGCUGCAUGAGCUGGACAUCUCAUUUCCUCCCAGCUACCCAUAUAGUGAGGACUGCACCCAGGGCGAGCAGUACAUGAACACCCGGUGCCCCGCAUGGUGCGACCGCAUCCUCAUGUCCCCAUCUGCCAAGGAGCUGGUGCUGAGGUCGGAGAGCGAGGAGAAGGUGGUCACCUACGACCACAUCGGGCCCAACGUCUGCAUGGGGGAUCACAAGCCCGUGUUCCUGGCCUUCCGCAUGGCGCCCGGGGCAGGUAAACCUCACGCCCGUGUGCACAGGUGUUGUGUGGUGCAGUGACGUGGUGGGAGGCGGGGCGCGGGUGAGCAGACCCCGACCUCGUAGCGGCCCGCGCCCCGCCCGACGCGCUUCAGCUCCGGACGACCCGGAAGCCUCACAUACCUCACCGCCUGGUCCGCCCUGAGACGCGGCGUGGAAACGUGCGGGGAACAAGUCACAGCCCUGCGGCGGCGGCGAGGAGAGCCCGCGGCUUAGGUUGCAGUUUCCAUUCCCGGGAUGCGCUCUGCUCCGCUCCCGCGUUCCGUGGCGCCUGACUCACCGCAGCUGCUUCCGGUUUUAUAUAUAAAUAUAUGAUAUAAACUUUUUAAAUAAUUUAUAAACCUUACCCAACCCUAGGCUGACUGUCGGCAGCGUGAGUGCGGGCUCUGCACCGCGUCAUCCGUGGUGGCGAGCUAGUCCUGCCACUGCGCGGGAGGCACCGACAGCCUGGGCCGCACGCUGUGCACCUGCGCACGCCGCCGGGUGGGGACACGCGUGCACCCUGCUGGUUUAACUUCAGAACACUACCACGCCCUCCGCGGGGGCGUCGCUGCGUCUGCUCGUGGGCUCACUACCGCUGCCGGCGACUCGCGUGUCCGGCCGCUCUGUCCACGCCGCGCAGUCCGCGGGGCCGUCCCGAAGGCCUCGGCUCCUAAGCAAUAAAAUUGACCCUGGUGAAGCCUGC